GUCGAAAUGGUCGAAAUCAAGAAGCGUGUGGUGUCUUCGAUUCAUCCAAUUUCUGCAACAUUUUCAACGUACGUUUUUGCGAAAGGCUUUUGCAACUCUACGCAAAUGACGUCAUACGUGGUUAGAAGAAACGUGAUAGAUGUUAACAGUCUGUGACCAUUCGAACGUAACAAUCUCACGUCUGCCAUUGAAAAGGACGUUCAGAGGUGAAGCCGUGAAGAGGCGGUUUUUCUUCAAUAUCCAAAAAAUGAGCUACAAGCAGAUCACAAACAGCAGUUGGGGCAGAUUCCUGUUCAACCAGCGGAAGUACUACCAAUUCGGCCUGCUCCAUGACGACCUGUACAAGUCCAACGACGUGGUCAUCGACGAAGCAGUGCGUCGCCUGCCCAAGAAGAUCCUUGACGAGCGCAACUUCCGUCUCCUACGAGCUGUCCAGUGCAGCAUAAACCACUCCAUCCUGCCCAAAGAACAGUGGACAAAGAUGGAGGACGACAAGAGCUACCUCGACACCUACAUCGCCGAGGUGGAGAAGGAGCUGGCCGAAAAGAAGGAAUGGUACCGGACCCACUAGCGGCGAACCACAAGCCCGAGUACUACGAGCCUCUUCAGCGCUGCAGACGAAAGCUUGCCCGCAUCCCUUGUAAAGAUAGGUUGGAGUUGUAAUAAAUGUUUCAAAAGAACGGAGCACGGACUGUGCUGCCGUGACUGGCCGCCCAUGCUGCGUUUGAA